AUGGAUUUAAUUUUAUUUACUAUUGACAAUCCGUACUUUCUUUUGGAAUCAGUAGAAGUUAACGAAAGGGAUGCUAUUGACAACCCACAUCACAAAUACGAUUCACUUUUAAAUCCAUGUUUGGACUUAGAAAAGUUGGUAUACAACUUAAAAUUCAAUAAGCCGAAAAAUAUUAUAACAAAGCCGCAGACGCAAAAUGUCGUGGAAACCAGAAGCGUGCAAAUUUUGGAUAUCCAAGAUCACAACAACCAAACAUUUGUAUCAAAUGUAACUUCUGCUAUAAAAUAUAGAAUUAAUGCCUUUGAUGCUAAGAUGACAAAUACUAGCGAAGAUAAAGUAAUAGUAACUAACUACUCACUCAUUAGGAAGGGUAAAAAUGUCAAACUUAUAAGAAGUGAAAAUCGCUUUUCUAUCAACGACUCUAAAGUUUCUAGAACCCAUAUGAUAUCCAAACGGAAGAUAAAGCUUAAUGCGAAUUCAGUAUUGAAUUUAUUAAAUGAUGUAAAGUGUAUUCCAAGCAACAAUUUUACGGUUAACUUUCAAGUGGAAAUAUCCAAGGAAAAUAUGUAUGCACCCGUAGUAAGCUCGACUGGAAAAUACGACGGCGUCUUAUAUAGUGAUUGUAAAUCAAAUAUUAGUGUAAUAAAUAUACUGAAUAAAUGUGAAAACAAUAAUAAACUGGGUUACUUUCAACAGAAAUAUAACUCUUGGUCUAAUUUAUAUACAUGUAACUGCAAAGAUUACAUUUUAUUCUCAUAUCAUUCUUCAAAUAUUAAUAUAUCCAGAAUUUUGGUUGAUUCAAUGUCUUAUGUCAAUUUAAAUGAUUUAUUACGGAGAAAUACGUCUGGAAUAUGUACGAAUAAUAUAGUAGAUUUCUGUACCCGUACUCCUCUCAUCAAAGAUAUGAGCUCCGAUCAAUUUAACUUUUUAAAAUUGUGGAAAACUAAAUACAUAACUGGGUCUGUUCCUAACUGUAGAGAUAUUGGAAAUACUAUAUACAAAAGCAAAACAAAAUUAACUAUUGAAGGCAAUAAUAUUUUAUAUAACAUCCAAAGUUCAGAGCAGCAAAUACUUUUCAAAUUUAAUAAAGCCAAAAAUUAUAUAUGUUAUGCGAUUCUUUCCAAUUCAGCUCUUUGUAAUUGUAUACCCACCAAACAAUUACAUAACGAAGCAAUAAGUCUUAAAUUAAACUCAAACUUGAAUAAUGGUGCAAUUUCUACUAUCCACAACUCUAAGGAAAAAUAUACAGCUGUUUCAGUGUAA